GGACACACCGGAGUUCGGAGUGCCACCCGCCGUCCGAAGCUGAUCAAAACCCACCGCGGCAGCUUUGUCAUUCCAUUGCCGCCGUCGUGGUUCCGCCCCAACUCAACUCCACGGCCGCGGCGCGAGCGCCGAGCGAGCAAACCGAGCACUCAUUGCUCGCCGCCGCGCGCACCACCCGCCAGCCAACGCCCGCCCUUUUUAAACUGCACCCGAGCCCGUGUGACGAGCUGCCAAAUCCACCGCCUCCGUCGGCGCGCGCUUCCUAGUCCCUCCUCUCCCCAUGGCCCCCGGCGCCCCGGUCCGGACCACCCCACCCACCGCCCGGUAGAUCCCGCCCGUCGCCACCAGAUCCGAUGGUGGAGACCGCGGUCGCCGGCGCCGUCUCCUCCCCUCGCGCCACGGCGGCCGCGGUGGCCACCGCAGCGGUCGUCUCCUUCCCGCGACGGGGAGGACCGGCGUACCACCACCGGCGGUGGGCGCCGGCGCUGGUCGCGCCCUCGUACAGGGCGUGCCUGGUGGUGCUCUGGGUGGUGGGAUUUGCGCUGGUCUUCCUGUGGCAAAGCACCUCCGUGGGCCGCGUGCGGCUCUACACGCGGCCGCCCAUGCCGAAGCGCGCGCCGUCCGCGGCGGCGUCGAUGGGGCAGUGGGUGGCCUCCCCGCCCGUGUACGAUCUGAGGGAGUUCGGGGCAGUGGGGGACGGGCGGACGGUGAACACGGCGGCGUUCGAGGCGGCGGUUGCGGCGAUCGCGGAGAGGGGCGGCGGGAGGCUGAUCGUGCCCCCCGGGUGGUGGCUCACUGCGCCCUUCAACCUCACCAGCAGCAUGACGCUCUUCCUCGCCGCCGGCGCUGAGAUCCUCGGGAUCCAGGAUGAAAGAUACUGGCCAUUAAUGUCUGCAUUACCAUCAUAUGGGUAUGGAAGAGAGCACAAGGGGCCUCGAUACGGGAGCCUUAUACAUGGCCAAGAGCUGAAGGAUGUGACUAUAACAGGUCACAAUGGUACCAUAAAUGGACAAGGUCAAAGUUGGUGGAUAAAAUUUCGCAGGAAACUCCUCAAUCACACAAGGGGGCCUCUUGUGCAACUAAUGCGGUCACGUAACAUUAUCAUUUCUAAUAUCACACUGCGUGAUUCUCCCUUCUGGACUCUUCAUACAUAUGACUGCAAGAAUGUUACUAUCUCAGAAACCACCAUCUUGGCUCCAAUUGCUGGGGCUCCAAAUACUGAUGGGAUAGAUCCAGAUUCUUGUGAAAAUAUGGUGAUUAAAAAUUGCUACAUUUCUGUUGGUGAUGACGGAAUAGCUAUAAAGAGUGGUUGGGAUCAAUACGGAAUUGCUUAUGGACGCCCAUCUGCAAACAUUAUUAUUCAGAAUGUCAUAAUUCGCUCCAUGGCCAGUGCUGGUGUAUCUAUAGGAAGUGAGAUGUCUGGUGGUGUUUCAAACAUUUUAGUGGAGAAUGUUCACAUCUGGGAUUCACGGCGAGGCGUGAGGAUAAAGACCGCCCCUGGAAGAGGGGCCUAUGUAAGCAACAUCGUGUACCGGAACAUAACCUUAGAAAAUGUGCGUGUCGGUAUCGUGAUAAAGACAGACUAUAAUGAGCACCCUGAUGAAGGCUUCGACCCAAAGGCUGUUCCCAUCAUUGGGAACAUUUCUUACACGUCAAUCCACGGGCAGCGCGUGCGCGUACCAGUCAGGAUACAGGGGAGCACAGAGAUCCCUGUGAGGAAUGUUACCUUCCAUGAUAUGUCAGUUGGUAUAGUAGACAAGAAGAACCAUGUUUUUCAGUGCUCCUUCGUCCAGGGGCAGGUCAUUGGCUAUGUUUUCCCUGUGCCUUGUAAGAAUCUGGACCUGUACAAUGAGCAGCGAGAGCUGGUUAAGCAAUCAACAUUGCAGAACAUCUCUGACAUCGACUACAGUUUUUGACACGGCAGUUCAUCGCACUGCACUAUUGCUGUAGGAGUAUUCACAGCUCAUUCAGUCCUUUCUACACAUUUAGAAGCAAUUUUUUCGUAGCUGUUUACACCUCACCUCGCAGACAUGUAUUUAAGGAGGCUCGACUUGUC